UGUAGGCCAUCUUCGGCAACCAUUCGGUGCCGUCUCCGACGUCCCUGCCGCCCUCCAUCUCCAUUCCCCAACCUUAGCCCUUACCUUAUUAUCAAUUUCCAGACAGAUAAAAUAGACCCCUCUUCUUACUCAUGGCACCAUAGUUUACGAUUUGACUAGAGUUCCAAAAACAUUCGUCCCUGUAGGUUCUCAUCCCUAGUUUUCGAAACCCAUCACUGUCGUCAUUUGGUUCCUAGACGCAAGGAUGAUUUCGUCUAUGGUUAUCUGAUUUAUGGCCAAAGUUGGAGCUUCGAGUGAAAGGGAUACGCUCGAUAAAUUGAAGAUUAAAUGUCAUCAGAAAAAGUUAAAGUACAAACGUGGCGUCGACGAUUCUGGAUGCCGUCAAACCUAGCCGGAGAAGCGGUAGUCGAUUCCGAUGUCGCAACUGUUGAAGAGGGUUCGAGAAUGGGUUUUCAAUGGUUGGAUUACGAGUGGUUCUACUUCCGAUCAAACUAUCGUCUGUUCGUCAUCCACUGGGGAAGUUCACCGGUUGCCUCUUGAUAUAUUCAUGCAAAUACUCAAGCUUCUCGGACCGAAAGAUGCGGCUAGGUUAGCCGCCGUUUGCAAAUCUUGGAAACUAAUGGUCUACGAUAACACAUUAUGGCUAUACUUUCUCAAGAACCAGGAGGAUGGGGUUUCCAUUUUCUUUGCCGAAACUAAACUACGAUAUUUUCCUCUUCGACAAUAUCAUCGUCGGAUGCUAUCAUUUAUGCAUAUAUAUGGUGAACGAGCACAAGCCACCGGAGCUAUUAUUAUUGAUGUUGGUGCUGGUUAUUGCAAAAUUGGUUCGAGCAAGUAUGAUUCUCCAUCUCUUCGGUUGAGAACAUGGGAAUUUGGUAACCCUAGGUCUCCACUGACCGCUAGAGUUCAUCAUUUUUGCGAGACAGUUUAUCGCAGGAUGCAUGUGAAACCAUCUAUGCAGCCGGUUAUACUCACAACCCCAAUCGGCUUUUAUCCUGGUCCUGGUACUGAAGCAGCUUCUAGUCAGCAACUUAGAGAUGCCGUGUUUUCAGCAUUGAUUAGAAUAAGGGUUCCUUCUGUUUGUACAGUCAACCAGGAAACUUUAGCUUUAUUUGCAUCAAGAAGAACAUCGGGAAUUCUUGUCAAUAUUGGUUAUCAUAAAACACAAGUUUUUCCAAUUUUGCAUGGUUACACAAGGCAUGAAGUGGUAUCUGUGAGAGUUGGAGGUUCAGAUCUUACUAGAUACCUUUGGAGGCAACUGCUGCAGAGAAAUGUAUAUGUUCCUUCAUUAAAAUCUGUGAGCUCGUUGAAAGAGAACCUUUGUUAUGUUGCUUUGGACUACGAAGCUGAAUUACAGAAGGAUACAGAAGCAUCAUACCAGGUUGGUUCCGAGGGUUGGUAUACUCUUAAACAAGAGCGUUUCCAAACUGGGGAGGUUCUAUUUCUGCCACAUAUUGCAGGAAGGCGUUUUAUGGGUCUGCAUCAGGCCGUGGGACACUGCAUUGAAUGUCAAGCCAAAAGGAGCACCGGUGAUCAUAAUUGGUACAAGACCAUUGUAUUGGCUGGGGGAACUGCACGACUACCAGGAUUAGCAGAAAGAUUAGAUAAGGAACUACAUGAUCUUCUACCUCCCAACAUAUCCCAUGGGAUCCGUGUUAUUCAGUCCCCGUAUGGUGCAGAUGCUGCAUGGCAUGGGGCAAAAAUGUUCGGCAAUUUGAGCUCCUUUCGAACCUCAUGGUGCUUGUAAUGAUCUUCUGGAGGGUUGUAUCGAUAGAUAGUACUUCCAAGAUCCCUAGAAAGUUCAUGGCUUCAAAAUUUCUUUUUUGGAUUCUAGAAUCUACAUCUUGAAUCGGAUUAGAUUUCAAGUUCUUCGUUUGACACAGUAACUAUUUAUACUUUUUUACAGAGUUCUUUUGAACUCAUUUUUCUCUCGGUACGGCUUUUUUACAUA